CCUUUGCCCUCUGAGGCGCGUGCGUGGCGGUUGUUUUCCCGUCUAUCGGUGCCGUUCGUUGUCUGGCGCCAAGGGGUGCCCAUUGAUCGCUGAGAAGAGGAAUGUCCUCCGGAGCCGGCCAGGCUCCCAAAGCUGAGCUGAGCUGGACAGCCGCGCUGCUCAGGUUCUUGGAGCUGGUGAAGUAUGAGAACCUGGCGGCCGGUGUCAGCGGUGGGGUAAUCUCCACGCUGGUGUUGCACCCGCUCGAUCUGGUCAAGAUCAGAUUCGCAGUGAGUGAUGGGUUGCAGAUGAGGCCAAAAUACAACGGAAUUGUACAUUGUUUCAGAAGUAUCUGGAAACAGGAAGGAAUUAGAGGCCUUUACCAAGGAGUAACCCCAAAUGUCUGGGGUGCAGGUUUAUCUUGGGGAUUAUACUUCUUCUUUUAUAAUGCCAUCAAAGCCUACAAACAGAAUGGUCAUCCAGAACAACUUAGCGCUACUCAACACCUUAUCUCAGCUGCUGAAGCUGGUGCAGUGACGCUCUGUAUUACAAAUCCAAUUUGGGUAACGAAGACUCGGUUAGUCCUACAGUAUGAUGCAGGAUUCGAUCCAUUAAAGAAACAGUACAGAGGCAUGUUGCAUGCCCUUUUGAAAAUAUAUCAGAAUGAAGGUGUUCGUGGACUAUACAAGGGAUUUGUGCCUGGCCUUUUUGGUACAUCACACGGUGCUCUCCAAUUUAUGGCUUAUGAAGAACUAAAGAAGGAAUACAGCUUUUAUAAAAAUGUGGCAGUAGAUGUGAAAUUGAAUCCCAUAGAAUACGUAACAAUGGCAGCAUUAUCCAAAGUUUUCGCCGUAACAGCAACAUAUCCAUAUCAAGUAGUGCGUGCUCGGCUGCAGGAUCAGCAUACCCAGUAUUCUGGAGUCAUGAAUGCUAUAGGGAGAACAUGGAGUUUGCCUUCCAACGUAACAGAUCCACAGAGGAUGCCAUAUCCCUCGGCCUACACUCAUCGCUGGAACAUCUGGACAACAAAGACACCUACAUCAGACUCCUGCACAUGAACUACAGAUCCCCCAUCGACAUCAUUAUCCCCUCCAGACUGAUCUCAAAGCUGUGUGGCCUUUAUCUCAGUUCCACCCUCUGCGAUUGGAUCCUCAGCUUUCUGACGCAUAGUUCACAAUCAGUGAGGAUAGGUAACUGCACCUCCUCUCCAAAAACACUCAACACUGGAGCCCCUCCAAGAGUGCAUCCUUACACCCUACUGUACUCCCAGUACACCUACGGCUGUGUUGCCAAAUAAUAAAUGAAUGCCAUCUACAAGUUCGCUGACAACACCACUGUAGUGAAACAGGUAUCUGACAACAAUGAGUCAAAAUAUGGAAGGGAGAUAGAGGGCUUGGGGAUGUUGUGCAAUGAAAACAAUCUGUCCCUCAAUGUCAGCAAAACUAAAGAACUUAUCAUUGACUUCAGAAAGAAGAGAGGAGAACACGCCGCUAUCUACACCAACAGAGUUGAGGUUGAGAGGGUGAAGAAUAUCAAGUUCUUCGGAGUGCAAUAACCAACCACCUGUCCUGGACUCCCCAUGUAGAUGCAUCAAGAAGGCAAAACAACGCCUCUUUUUCCUCAGGGCAGCUCAGGAAAUUUGGCAUGUCCAUUGAAAGCAUGGUAUCUGGAUGCAUAAAGACCCAAUAUGGAAACUGCUUUGCCCAGGACCAUAAGAAAAUACUGAAUGUGGAGUGCACAGCCCAGACCGUCACAGAAGCUAAGCUUCCAUCCAUGAACUCUAUUUACACAGCUCGCUGCCGUGAAAAGGCAGCCAAAGUCAUCAAAGACCCAUAACACCCUGGUAACAGCCUCCUACAACCUCUUCCUUCAGGGAGAAGAUGCAAAAGCCUGAAGACAUGAACAAGCAGGUUCUGGAACAGUUUCUUCCUGGCCAUUAUCAGACUGUUGAAUGGACUUUGGCCUCAAAUAAUGUAACCUGUACACCUCAAGUGCUUUUACUUUUGUACUUUCUUUGCUUGCUGUGAUCUGCCUGUACCGCUCAUAAAUAAAGCUUUUCACUAUAUUUUGGUACAUGUGACAAUAAAAUCAAUCAUUUUAUCUUUGAGGCAUUAAAUCCAAAGACAUAUAUAGGUAGGAGUCAAGUAAGUGGUGUUAAGGUAAGAGACUGUGACAAGGCUCAAAGGGGUGCCAGCCUACUUCUACCCAUAUUCCUUAAAGAAUGGAAUCCCUACAGUGUGGAAACAGGCCAGUCAGCCCAACAAGUCUACGCCAACCCUCUAAAGAGCAUCCCACCCAGACACAUCCACCUAUCCUUUGCCUGUAACCUUGCAUUUCCCAUGGCUAAUCCACUGAAUCUACACAUCCCUGAACACUAAGGUAAUUUAGCGUGGCCAAUCCACUUAACCUGCGCAUCUUUAGACCAUGGGAGGAAACCGAAACAGACACUGUGAGAAUGUGCAAAUUCCACAGAUUCACCUGAGGCUGGAAUCAAACCUGGCUCUAUGUUCUUAUGUACACCUGCUUUCAUAUUUCUGUGCUUUAAAUCCUGGAUGUGAAAUAUUAACUGGUUUGCCGCAUGCACUGUCAACUCAGACCGCCCAGCAUUCCUCUGUAUAUAUCUCAGCACGUAAAAUUUAUCCUACUGUGAUGUCAAAAAGACAAACAGCAAAUGUAAUGUCAAGAUCCUAAAUCUGAACAAUAAAGUCCCUGCAAUGUU